AAUUAUAAAGACCUUUUAAAAUGUUGAGUAUAAAUUAUGGAAGAGAUAACUGAUUAAAACUAUUGAUAUUAAAGUUUAGGUAUAAGCAAUCGAGAGGAAGAAGAGAACUUUUACAUAAGCAAGUUGUGUUGUCACACAUUUUGAAUAAUUUUUCUGUUGUGCGUAGCUCACGUAGUGCUUUGUAUGCUGUAUAAGUUUCUAUGCAGUUUCUAUUGGCAUUUCUAUUUCUUUUUUAAGUAAAACUUUAUUAUUAUUAUUUUUAAAAAAGAAAUGAGCGAUUGCUAAACGAGACAGGAACAUUCCCUGGAUCCCUCCAAGUUCUCUUUGUUCAUUUUUUUGAUUGCUAUAUGGAGCAGCACCCUUAUAUUUGCAAUGCGCGUUGCAAGUUUGGGCAGCCCUUUCUAGGGUGUUGUUUUCAGGACCAAGUGAGCCCAGGCCCAGAGCAAAUGAGCCCUGGUCAGACUUCCACCCACAUCCACGCUGACCCGGCACGACUUUUCCUCAGAGGUGAGGGAAGGAGGCGGAGACAAAGCCAGGCAGUAAGUUUUUGAAUACAGAAGUAACGUUUAUUAAGUUCACACCAAAGAAACUCAGUUCCUCAUUGGAUUCCCCUCACCCACUAAACACAGAUUGAGACUUGCCAACAUAGGCCGAUUCCACACCACCUUAGAUCUCGCGUCAUUUUUCCGCCUCUGCCGCGCCAUUCCCUGCUCAGUUCACACGCGUAGUCUUUGAAGUCGCCAUCAAAUCGUCAUAGCGUCGCCCCAGCCUAUUGCGCUUUUGUUAUGGUUUUUUUAUUUAGAGUACCCACCUCCCCCACCCGUCGAUUUCAAAUCCUCUCCUUACCCGCCCCCAAAUUCCAAGAUCAACUUUCCGCCCCGUCCUUGUCCAACCCCUUUUUUUUAAAAAAAGGAUUAUGGUGACGAUAGGGCGAAAUCUCAUUAUAUUGCUUUAUGUGUCAGGUACUGUCUAGAACUGUGAUAGCAAAGUAGUGACUUCGAUCUUCAAACCAUGAAUAUUAAUCAGGUAACGGGUCAGCGAGAUCAAUUCUCUGGUGAUGGACAGCACGGAAUGUGCCGCCGAUCUUUUAGCUGCUCCCAACUUAGCAAGGAAAUGAUGCAGCUCAGCUUUGGCAUCCUGCAGCAGGGAAUCGGUUCCGAACCCCCUGUCGCAUGGAUAUUUGACGCUUAACCCUGGCCGUGGUUUAUCCUGCGGUUAUUGGGAAAAUCUGCCUCUAUAGCCUCGGCUCAUACUUAUAGUGUCGUUAUAACAUCAAAACACCAGGACAAAGCAACAUGGAUCCAUUCCGCGCUGUCCAUAAGCGCAUGCGUCCAGACAUUUUGGAACCGUUAUUUCCCGCGGAAAGUAAGGCAUCUUCUCCCAUGAUCCAACGCAUGUGUGGCAAGUCCAUUCAAAGGCAUUCACCAGCAGAGCACGACUGCACACCUUUUCAGACAGUUCUAUUCCACCAAGCCAGACCACCGGAGCUCCACACAGGUAUUUAUCGACAGAACAAUAUGUGCGAAAACAGACCUCCCCCUUCCCGUGGUGUUGCCUGGAGAGAAAGGGAAAUAUUGGAUCUCCUCUCAUUCUGGGGGGAGGAAAAAAUUCAGGAGGCGCUGAAGAGUUCCUACCGGAAUAUAGAUUACUUUGAGCGCAUUGCAUCCCAGAUGGCCUCUCGGGGACAUAAGCGAUCAGCCAUGGAGUGCAGGUCAAAGACUAAAACAAUGAGACUUGACUACAAGAAAGUGGUGGCUCACAAUUCAACUUCUGGAAAUGCUCCCAUCACCUGCCCGUUUUUCCGAGAGCUUGACAGCAUUCUCUGGGGGGAUGCAAGCGUGAAACCUAAAAGAGUGGCCAGAAGCCUUGACGUUGUGUCAGUGCGGCGGAACCCUGAAGAGCCAUUACCAGUAUCCUUUGGUUCGGAGGAACUAUUUUCACAUGACCUUCUCACCAUUGACCACUGUCAACUUAGAAGCUCCUCUCCCUUUCCAGAAGGUGAGAGCACUGGUGUUCCUGUUGGCGAGCCGGAAAAUGAUAUGGAUGCCACUGUGGAGGGCCUCGGUGACAAGGAGGAUGAUGAGCCAUGUCCAGAUGCUCAGGAGGAACCACUAGUCGAAAGUAGCUCAAGCACAUCGGGACUUGGAAGUGGAAGAGAAUCACCAGUGAGAUCCGUGGCAGAGCUGUCGCCCGGCACACGCCUGUCGGCAAUUAGAAGCAGGAAACGUAGAAAUGCUGGUCUUUUUGCUGUGGCGGACAAGAUGAUGUUGCGGUCCGAGCAAGAGCACAAGGCACAGCUCAGAGAGUCGCGCAUUGGACGUGAGGAUAGCAAUAAAUGGCAUGAGAGGGAAGCCAGGUUACAAACUGAGUUUCUGGAGGAGACUAGGAAGGAAAGAAAUGAGUUUAGAGAUGCUUGGAUGCAGAAUCUGCAUGUGAUGGAAUCUGCAGUAUCCACUCUGCAAACACUGGGUGAAAUGUUGGUUAGUCAGCAACGUGGGCGGUUGACAAAUGCUUGUGAGAAUGAUGUUAGCAACUCACAAAACGUUCCUCCAAGAUCAUCAACAUCCAAACGUGCAUGUGUGGGAAGGGUACGUGACAGACUAACCCUGUAGAGUUACUGUGCAAUAUUUGUUGAAAUUCUGGUAUUCUUGAACAAUGAUACAAACUGUUGCAGUGACACUGCUGUUUGUGUUUCGUAUGGGAGAGUACCCCAUCCUCGGUCAUUGAGAGUAGGUGUGGUUGUUAA